GGCGGCGGCGGCGGCGGCGGCGGCGGCGGCGAGGACGGCGGCGACGCCAGCGGCCGAGGGGGCGGUGGCUACGAGGUGCGUGCGGAGCAGGCGGAAGAGGCGUCCGUACGGGAGGCUAGGUCGCAGAGGACCAUCGUUGGGACUUGAGUACAGCAAGGAACAUUGAGUGGAGGCGUUGAGUGAUGGAUAGCUCCCACUAUUUUGACGACUCCUUCUGUAUCAACGACUAUCACCUGUUCUACAAAAUGAGUAACAGCCAUCCUCUUCGCCCCUUUACUGCAGUGGGGGAAAUUGAUCAUGUGCACAUUUUGUCUGAACAUAUUGGUGCCUUGCUGAUUGGGGAAGAAUAUGGCGACGUCACAUUUGUUGUGGAAAAGAAACGUUUUCCUGCCCACAGGGUAAUUUUAGCAGCAAGGUGCCAAUAUUUUCGAGCAUUACUGUAUGGUGGGAUGCGAGAAUCUCAGCCCGAAGCAGAAAUCCCUCUCCAAGACACCACUGCAGAAGCAUUCACGAUGCUGCUUAAAUACAUCUACACUGGGCGGGCAACACUGACAGAUGAGAAGGAGGAGGUGUUGCUGGACUUUUUGAGCCUGGCUCAUAAAUACGGAUUUCCAGAGCUGGAGGAUUCUACCUCUGAGUAUCUCUGCACCAUACUUAACAUUCAGAAUGUCUGCAUGACUUUUGAUGUUGCCAGCCUCUACUCGCUUCCCAAGUUAACUUGCAUGUGCUGCAUGUUUAUGGACAGAAAUGCUCAGGAGGUGCUCUCCAGUGAAGGCUUCCUCUCCCUCUCUAAGACAGCACUUUUAAACAUCGUAUUAAGAGAUUCAUUUGCAGCCCCAGAGAAAGAUAUCUUCCUAGCCUUGUUAAAUUGGUGUAAGCACAAUUCAAAGGAGAAUCAUGCUGAAAUCAUGCAGGCUGUGCGUUUGCCUCUGAUGAGCCUCACUGAACUUCUGAACGUUGUGAGGCCUUCAGGACUGUUGUCUCCCGAUGCCAUUCUGGAUGCUAUUAAAGUUCGAUCAGAGAGCCGGGAUAUGGACCUCAAUUACAGAGGCAUGCUCAUCCCAGAAGAAAAUAUUGCAACCAUGAAGUAUGGAGCCCAGGUUGUGAAAGGGGAGCUGAAGUCCGCCUUGUUAGAUGGCGAUACUCAAAAUUAUGAUUUGGAUCAUGGAUUUUCUAGGCACCCAAUUGAUGAUGACUGCCGUUCUGGUAUUGAGAUUAAGCUAGGUCAGCCAUCUAUCAUCAAUCACAUACGGAUACUUCUGUGGGACCGAGAUAGCCGGUCUUAUUCAUACUUCAUUGAAGUGUCAAUGGAUGAACUUGACUGGAUCAGAGUGAUUGAUCAUUCACAGUAUCUGUGUCGUUCUUGGCAAAAGUUGUAUUUUCCAGCCCGUGUCUGCAGGUAUAUUCGAAUAGUUGGGACUCACAACACAGUGAACAAGAUUUUUCACAUUGUGGCUUUUGAAUGUAUGUUUACAAACAAAACCUUCACUCUUGAGAAGGGGCUAAUAGUUCCCAUGGAGAAUGUUGCAACAAUUGCUGAUUGUGCCAGUGUGAUUGAAGGAGUCAGUCGGAGCCGAAAUGCCUUGCUGAAUGGCGACACCAAGAAUUAUGACUGGGAUUCUGGCUAUACGUGUCAUCAGCUGGGAAGUGGUGCGAUUGUGGUUCAGCUGGCACAGCCGUACAUGAUCGGGUCAAUACGGUUACUACUUUGGGACUGCGAUGACCGAAGCUACAGCUACUACGUUGAGGUCUCCACCAACCAGCAACAGUGGACCAUGGUGGCCGACAGAACUAAAGUCUCCUGCAAGUCCUGGCAGUCUGUAACUUUUGAAAGACAGCCCGCCUCCUUCAUCCGAAUCGUGGGAACACACAACACAGCAAAUGAGGUGUUCCACUGUGUCCACUUUGAGUGUCCGGAGCAGCAGAGCAGCCAGAAGGAGGAAAGCAGCGAGGAGUCGGGUCCGGGGGAGCCCAGCCUGGCCGGCCCCCAGCUCGAACCCCAUGCCCUGCAGGCCCCCAGCGGCAGCUCCCUGCCUUCCAGCCCCGGCUCCGCCUCUCGCUCCCCCAACCGGCAGCACCAGUAAAGGGGGCGCCGACGUGGAGGCGCGGUUUUGUACGGUUAAGCCUGGGCUGGAGCAGAGAGAUUCUGUGCACAGCUCCGAAAUGAGGCACAGAUGGCUCAUCAUGGCACCUGGUCUGACAAGGAAAAUCCUCUGAGGAAGUUCAACAAAAUACACAAUGAG